GCUUCCUCCUCUUCAUAUAGCUCUCAUCUUCCAAAUUUAUUUAUAUCCAAUAUGGCUGAAGAAAGGGGAAACACAGGUCCAGUGGCCGGACAAGAGGGAGAUCAAAAUGAAGAUGAUAAUAUUCAAGACAAAAGGAGAUGGACGGAUGAGGAAGAUGUUCAAUUGUGCAAGUCUUGGAAAAUUGUUGGGCAAGAUCCGGCUGUGGGCACAAAUAAAAAAAACAACGACUUAUGGAUGCGUGUGACGCGACACUUUGUCGCAAAUUGGCCCCAAAGCCGAUCAGCUUCCUCUUUGCAAGGAAGGUGGAAAAUUUUGAAGGUUGAACUCUUUGAGUGGCAUUGUGCAUUAAGGCAAGCGAAAAAUUGGUACAAGAGCGGUUCGAAUGCGGUUGAUGAGCGAGAUGAAGCACAUAAAUUGUGGUGA